AUGGACACACGGAGGCGACCAGAGUACAACCUCGAGAUCUUUGCGGAUGCGGCGUGCGUCAAGGAUGUUGUCAAGGCGAUACUGCACACGAUAUUCUUCCACCGAUACUUUACCUCCAUCUCGCCCUUGACCCGCGACCUCCUCGACCUUACCCUUCCCGCCAUCGACGAUGUCGAUCUUGAGACACUCAUCGAACAGAAGACGUUUGCGCUAGUACGGGCGAUAGACAGCACACACCAGCCGCGAGGAAGAGGGCAGAUUGUCGUGCAGUUCUUUGAGAAGAAGCGGAAGAAGACGUCGUAUUUCUUCAGCAAGGCAGACGAGGACGUUUGCUGGGAGCAGUGGACGCUGGACGUUACCCUCGCCCAACCACGGACCGAGACUGAUGUGCUAAAAGUCCGCCGUGCCAUGACAAAGUCUCUAGAGAAAGCAGCGCAUAAGAUCAUCGCCAUCGUAAACCGAGAGAAGGACCACAUUCCACCCAUCACCACCACCGAUGCCAACCCCUUUCCUUACCAGAUCGUCGUCAACCCAAAAUCUGUCAACGAGAACGACUGGAGACCGCGCAUCGGCCUUUUCUGA